UCAGGGGGUCAAAUCGUGUAGAUUGACUCACUGCUCAUGUAACAUGUCUAGUUUCUCCAGAUCUGCUCAGCAAUGGGCGACCUUCGCGAGGUCAUGGUAUUUGAUAGAUGCGAAAAUGCAGCCGCCGGGGAAGAUCGCCGCUAUGUGUUCGAUUCGGCUGCAGGGCAAACAUAAACCUAUUUACCAUCCUCUGAGUGACUGUGGAGACCACGUGGUUGUCAUGAACACCAGACAAAUAGCUUUCUCCGGAAAUAAAUGGGAACAGAAGGUCUAUUCCUCUCACACAGGGUAUCCUGGUGGAUUUAAACAGGUCACUGCCACCCAGCUGCACCUCAAAGACCCCAAAGCAAUCAUAAAACUGGCUGUUUAUGGCAAACUCCCUAAAAACCUGACCCGCAGGACCAUGAUGCAGAGGCUGCAUCUCUUCCCAGAUGACGUUCUGCCUGAGGAGAUUCUGAAGAACCUGACGGAGGAGCUGCCUCAGCCCAGAGAGAUCCCACGCAAGCUGAGUGAAUACACACAGGAGGAGAGAGACGCUUUCCCCAUGCUCUGGACACCGCCUGAAGACUACAGGAUGAAAUGACCACUCCACUGCAGGACCACUCAGAUCUGUUCAUCAGACUCCACACAUGGCCUGCGAUGGAUUGAUUU